ACUUCUCCAAAGUAAGUCUUUUUAUUCCUUUUUUUUAUUGCUGACAAAAUCUUUGUCCUGUUGAUCCUCCUUGUUAAUAGUUGUAAUCUGCCAUUUCCGUUCUUCUAGAUUUCAAUCUUGUGAGUUCAAAGUUGCAGUCGGGAUUCCUCUGUUGUUCAAAUCUGAAGGCUUUUGAAAAGAUCAAGAAAAAGUUGGAUUUUGACUGCUAUGAUGAAUACUUUGACUUUAAUGUGUCCCCAAACUGGUUGAUUCCUUAUGCUGUGUUUGGUGGGGUCUUUCGUGCUGUUGAAUAUGAGGAGGCGAUAUUGACUGCACCCAACCCACUUGAAUCUCUUUCUUUCUUUCUUUCUGCUAAUUCAGAUUUGGUAUGGAGGAAAAUGGGGAGAAAGAUUGGAGAGCAGCUGUCAAGAAGAUGCUUCCUCCUGGAACUGAACUGCCUGAAGAAAGUGAUUACUCAAUUGCUUUAGAAUACAUGGGCCCUGAUGUCUCUUAUGAGCUUCCUAGAGUAGAACCAUUAGAUAGGAAUUCACGUUCGAUCCCGACUGCAUCUGUAGCCGAAUCCUUUUCUGGUUCAAGGAGAUCUGUCACUCGUGAUGGCCCCAUCCCCCCUGUAAUCGACCCUAUACCGUUACCGGUUUCUUAUAUUGCAGGAGUAACCGAUUCGCCAAAUCAAAGCCCGAGAUUAUCAGGAAGCUCGGAAUCUGUAAUCUCGGUUUUGCAUAAUGCGGAUUCCUUUUCAGCUUCCCCAUCGGGUUCUCCUGGUUCUGCUCAUAACCAAGAUGAUGCUCACAGGAACGAAGUGAGACGAGGCCCCGUGGUUACUUUCAACACUGUUGAUAGUUCGGACAGGAAAGAAGUUGGGUUAGAGAAGCCUGGUUAUGCUGAAUACGUUGCGGUUUCAAAAGAAAAGAAGAAAAAGAAGAAUAAGAGACGAGUUUGUUUCCGGUGCGGGAAAGGGAAGUGGGAAACUAAAGAAUCUUGUUUAGUUUGUGAUGCAAAAUAUUGUAGUAAUUGUGUUCUUAGAGCAAUGGGAUCCAUGCCCGAGGGUCGAAAGUGUGUCACUUGUAUUGGUGAGGCGAUUGAUGAAUCGAAGCGUCUUACUUUGGGAAAAAAUUCAAGGUUAUUAUCUCGUUUGCUUAGUCCUUUGGAAGUCAAACAGAUAAUGAAGGCAGAAAAAGAAUGCUCUGCUAAUCAGCUUAGGCCAGAGCAGUUAAUCGUGAACGGGUAUCCACUUAAACCUGAUGAAAUGGCAGAACUUUUGGGUUGCCCGUUACCUCCGCGGAAGUUAAAACCGGGAAUGUAUUGGUAUGACAAAGAAUCUGGUCUUUGGGGAAAGGAGGGAGAAAAACCUGAUAGAGUUGUGAGUUCAAAUUUGAAUUUUACGGGGAAACUUAGUCCAAGUGCAAGCAAUGGAAAUACAGAAGUUUACAUGAAUGGUCGAGAAAUUACAAAGCUUGAGUUGAGAGUGUUGAAGCUGGCAAAUGUGCAAUGUCCUCGUGACACUCAUUUUUGGGUUUAUGAUGAUGGUCGAUAUGAGGAGGAAGGCCAAAAUAAUAUCAAGGGAAAUAUUUGGGAAAAGGCUACAACACGGUUCCUUUGUUCAGUGCUCUCGUUGCCUGUGCCACAUGGUCAACCACAAAGAGAGAGGGAUGAAGCCAGCAAUUAUAGUGCCGUUCCCAAUUACUUUGAGCCAAAAAAGGUUCAAAAGCUUUUAUUACUAGGACUCGAGGGUUCGGGAACAAGUACUAUUUUUAAGCAGGCAAAAUUUUUAUAUGGGAACAGAUUUAGUGAUGAAGAGUUACAAAAUAUUAAGCUUAUGAUUCAGAGCAACAUGUAUAGAUACCUCAGCAUUCUUCUUGAUGGACGAGAACGCUUCGAGGAAGAAGCAUCGAUGAAAAAGAAUUCUGAUGGAACGGGUUUAUUAAAUACAGGCAAGGAGGGUGAUGCUAAUGAUUGUAUCUAUUCCCUUAACCCGAGAUUGAAGCAUUUUUCUGAUUGGUUACUUGACAUAAUUGCAACUGGAGAUUUGGAUGCAUUUUUUCCUGCUGCAACACGCGAGUAUGCUCCACUUGUUGAAGAGGUGUGGAAGGAUCCUGCCAUCCAAGAAACUUAUAAGAGGAGAAAUGAAUUACACUUUCUGCCUGACGUUGCAGACUACUUUUUGAGCCGGGCGGUUGAGGUUUCUAGCAACGAAUAUGAACCGUCAGAACAGGACAUAUUAUACGCUGAAGGAGUCACCCAAGGAAAUGGCUUGGCUUUCAUCGAAUUCACACUUGAUGAUCGUAGCCCCAUGUCUGAGACAUAUACAGACAACCUUGAUGCUUCAUCACAACCUCUAUCCAGAUAUGAACUCAUUAGAGUAAACGCCAAAGGAAUGAACGAAGGUUGUCGAUGGGUGGAAAUGUUCGAGGAUGUUCGAGUAGUCGUCUUCUGUGUUGCCCUAAGCGAUUAUGAUCAAAUGUGGCCAUCACCAGACAACACUGGAAGUGGGUCCCUCCUUCAAAACAAGAUGAUCCAAAGCAGACAACUUUUUGAAGCAAUGGUCAAACACCCUUGUUUUAAAGACACCCCUUUCGUCUUGAUUCUAAACAAGUAUGAUCUUUUUGAGGAAAAACUGAAGCAGACCCCGCUAAGUGUGUGCGAAUGGUUCACCGACUUUAGCCCGGUACGACCCUAUACCAACAACCAAAAUCUAGCCCACCAAGCCUAUUACUAUGUGGCUAUGAGAUUCAAGGACCUGUAUGCAUCUCUCACCAGCCAGAAGCUUUUUGUGUGGCAAGCACGUGCCCGAGAGCGUGCCACCGUUGAUGAAGCGUUCAAGUACAUAAGAGAGAUUGUGAAAUGGGAUGAUGAGAAAGAGGAGACGUAUUAUAAUGGGGCUGAGGACUCGUUUUAUAGUACAACUGAUGUGAGCUCACCACCCUUGGUUAGGCAAGAAUGAAGUAGCAAGCUUUGAUUUGUGUUUAUUAUUGUAGAUAAGAUGGUUAAUAAGUUAUCAUUUUAUUUGGAUUUUGAUAAUUAUGCAAUUGGGAGUUUAAUUAUCUGAUCUGAGGUUUCAUGUAAGCUGAUAUGACAAGGGUGAAGUUAAGGUCUGGUUUUUUUUUACUGUAACGAAUACUUCAUAUCCAUGUUCGUGAAGAUCGUCUAUGUGUUUUCUUGAAGCCG